CGCCCCAUUCAAACAGUCAGGAAACUACGAAGUUUUUCUAUUGUGCACUAAGGAUUCCUAUUUCUAUAUAACAACCAUUAACAGUUAGUAAAACUCAGUCGUUAUAAAACCUAUUUUGUUUGUUUGUUUAGCGCUUCUCUGUUAUUUGGUUUUAUGUGCGGUUCAGGCACGAGAGAGACGGAGCAGAUUCCUCCACCGUAAUCAUGUUUAUUAAAGCAGAUUUGACGGAACUCUACAGCGAAACAAGGGACAUUGUUUUACUCUCGGUCUUCCUGGCAAUUUUGAACGGCGUGUCUGGUGAUGCGGGUGAAACAAAGAAACUGUCCAUUUUCGAGGGAGAUUCUGUUACUUUACACACUAACCUUACUGAAAUACACAAGAUUGAUCUGAUGAUGUGGAUGUAUGGAGCUCAGGGGUCUAUUAUUGCUAAACUCAAUGGAAAAAAUCAGAUUAUUUCAUUUUAUGAUGUUGAUGAUGGGAGAUUCGGAGACAGACUGCAGCUGGACAAUCAGACGGGAUCUCUGACCAUCAGUGACAUCAGGACCAAACACUCUGGAGAUUAUCAGCUCAGGAUCAUCGGCAGCGAGACCUCGUACAGGACAUUCAGUCUGACCGUCCACGAUGUGUUUUUUGCUGGGAUAACAAACAAGAAAGUAGGAGAAUCUGUCACUCUCCAUACUGGUGUUAAUGAAAUCCAGAAACAUGAUGUGAUUCUGUGGAUGUUCGGACUGUUGAGUCCAGACACUUUCAUAGCUGAAAUCAACAUUAUAGUCAAUAAGGUCUCAUAUAGUGAAGAUGAGAGAUUGAGAGACCGACUACAGCUGGAUGAUCAGACUGGAUCUCUGACCAUCACAAACAGCAGAACCACAGACACAGGAGUUUAUCAACUACAGAUCACCAACAGUAAAGAGACCUUCUACAAGAGAUACAAUGUUUUUGUUGAUGCUCCUGAACCAGGUCUGUCUUCAGGUGGUUUAGCCACACUGGUUUGUAUCUGUGUGAUUUUGGCUGUGGCUGCAGCUGUAACUGCUGGUGUGUGUUGCUAUCGCCGCAAGUGCUCGAAUCGAACAGAUCAAAUGAAGACAAAAGAAGUGACAGAGGGAGAUUCUGUCACACUAGACACUGGUAUAACUGAACUACAUAAAUAUGACCAAAUACUCUGGAGUUUCGGAACUCGGGGCACUGUCAUUGCUCAAAUUCCUGAAAGGACCAAUAAGACCUCAUUUAAGGAUGAUCAAAGAUUCAGAGACCGACUGCAGCUGAACAGUGAAACUGGAGAUCUGACAAUCCGAGACAUCAAAAUCACACAGUCGGGAGAUUAUCAGCUGAAGAUCCGCAGCGCCAGAGAGACCAAAUCUAUAAAAUUCAAGCUUAUUCUCUAUGUGGACUUGCUGCGAUUCGCAGAAGGAGAAAAUGUCACUCUAGACACUGGUGUUAGUGAACUAAAGAGGGAUGAGCAGAUUCUCUGGAGCUUUGGAUCUGAAGACACUAUUAUAGCUAAAAAAGAUCGAAACCCCAAUCAAACAGCCAAUGAUGAUGGGAGAUUCGGAGACAGACUGCAGAUGGAUGAUCAGACUGGAUCUCUCACCAUCACGAACACCAAAAGCACAGACUCUGGAGUUUAUCACCUUCAAAUCAGCACAAGAAAUAGUGUCUUGUAUAAGAAGUUUAGAGUUACUGUAUGGCUGGACACACUAAAAGUGAGAGCGGGAGACUCUGUCAUUCUAAACACUGGAAUUACUGAACUAGAGGCGGACAGUAAGAUACUGUGGACACAUGGAGAUAAUGACACUUGCAUUGCUAAAAUCAACAGAGCCACCAAUAAGAUGUCAUUGUAUCAUGGUAAUGACGUGAGAUUCAGAGACAGAUUGCAGCUGGAUCAUCUGACGGGAUCUCUGAGCAUCUGGAACAUCAGCAUCGCACAUUCUGAUGUUUAUAAACUACAGAUCAGCAGCAGCCGCAGACGGAGCAAAUGCAAAAGAUUUGUGGUCAUUGUCGAUGAAAACAAAGUGUCAGUGAUGGAGGGAGAUCAUGCCGAACUAAACACUGGUGUUAGUGAACUACAGAGAGACGCUCUGAUACUCUGGAUGUUUGGCCCCAGAGACAGUCUUAUAGCUAAGGCUGAUAUGGAGAACAAUAGGAUAUCUACAUAUGAUGGUGUUGGUGGGAGAUUCAGGGACAGACUGGAGCUGGACCGUCAGACUGGAUCUCUGAGCAUCACAAACACCACAAACACUGACUCUGGACUUUAUAAACUCAAGAUCAUCAGCAGCAGAGAGACCAAAUAUAAGCGAUUCAGAGUUACAGUCCGUGCAGGGAACAGAAGCAGAGAGACAAAUAGAGAAGAUGCUGUGGAAUCCUGUCAGAGAGAAAACUCAGAGGACAUACCAUUGCUUCAGAUCUACAGCGGUACUAGUGUUUGACAGUUUAGUAUUAUUCCCAUUUGAAAAAUCAAACAAAUGUUACACUUUUCAAAGAUGAGGCGAUGCUCUUCCUUUGUGCAACACAUUUAUUUCUGUAUAAAAGUAUGAAAAGGACAGGUUAGAUCGGGAACACUCUCUGUAGCGUGUACACUCAAACUCACUCGUUACAUACUGAGCGCUCUUUCACUCUAUUAGCGUCAGCUUUCUUAACAGUAUCAAAAAUAAUGUAUCAAAGUGCAAGCAUUUAUGCAUAUUCAUGACACUGACUGGACACACCAUCACACUAUCCAUUAAAGUUACCUUUUCUAAACCCAUUAACACUAUAACACAAUAAAUCUAAACAUGUUCAAUACUCACUCUUACACUGUGCAGCGGUAAGUAUAGUAAAUCACAUUAAAGUAUCACAUUAUCACACACUGUUAAUAUAAAUACAGGCGAGUAAUGUACAAACUCUCUACUCAAACAUUGAAUAUUACACUUUAGUAUAGCUACAUUACUCCAGUGUUUAUAAUUGUAUCAACUUUUCUUAUUUCUCUUUUUUUACCAUUUUAUGAAUUACUUUAAUCACAGUUUGAACCCAAUACCAGUUUCUAUAUAUUAACAUUACACUCUCAGCAAAUGGAUAGUAAAAUCAUUAACACACUGAGUCUGAUU